GGAUGUAGACGGAAUACGCUUGUUGCUCUUCCAAUCCCAGGAAGCGAAACACGCUUGGAACUUGAGUGAACUGUCGGACCAGGAGGCAUGGAGUGCAACGCCACUGUGCUCCAUAAACAAACUAAAGACAAAUGAGCUGUCUCUCAUUCCGACAAGAAGCUAACAAGUAGAAACCCGUUGGCCUCGAUGGCGGAAUCCCUCAGGACCUAAUCCUUGUUGGACUACUGAAUUUCAUCUGGUGGCUAACGAUCUCUGCUGAUGAUGAACCUCACCACUUUGGACAUUGACACAGUUUUCCAGGGGACAGCAAGGGGAUUAAUUUCUCUGGACUAAGUGAAGACCUCCCUCUUGAAGAAGUGUGAAACAUGCCCUUGCCAUUUGGCUUAAAACUCAAAAGGACUCGAAGGUAUACUGUUUCAAGCAAGAGCUGUCUUGUCACUCGGAUUCAGCUGCUCAAUGGAGAGUUUGUUGAGUUUACACUUUCGGUGGAGAGCACUGGGCAGGAAUGUUUAGAGGCAGUAGCUCAGCGACUUGAGUUAAGAGAGAUCACAUACUUCAGCCUGUGGUACUUCAAUAAGCAGAACCAGCAGAGAUGGAUUGACUUGGAGAAGCCGCUGAAAAAGCAGCUGGACAAGUAUGGGCUGGAGCCCACCGUUUACUUUGGAGUCGUGUUUUACAUACCCAGCCUCACCCAACUGCAACAGGAGAUCACAAGAUAUCAGUAUUAUCUCCAGCUGAAGAAGGAUGUUCUCGAUGGCAGGAUAUCAUGCUCACUAGAGCAAGCUAUUCGUUUAGCUAGCUUGGCAGUGCAAGCUGAUUUUGGGGACUUCAAUCGAUAUGAUUCCCAGGAAUUUCUCCAGAAGUUUGUGCUGUUUCCUAUUGACUGGAUCCAGGAUGAACGAGUGCUGGAAGAGGCCACUCAGAAGGUGGCUCUUCUGUAUCAGUCCUUCAGAGGCUUAUCAGCUCCGGACGCAGAGAUGUUGUACAUGCAGGAGGUGGAGAAAAUGGAAGGUUAUGGCCAGGAAAGCUAUCAAGCAAAGGACAGUACAGGCACAGAUGUUGCCCUGGGAUCUUGCCUUGACGGCAUCUUUGUCAAGCAUAAAAAUGGCAGGCCGCUUCUUUUAUUUAGGUGGAAUGAAAUUAACAACAUGAGUCACAACAGGUCCUUCUUUGCCCUGGAGCUAACCAACAGAGAAGAGAGUGUCCAGUUCCAGACUGAAGACAUGGAAACCUCAAAAUAUGUGUGCCGGAUGUGUCUGGCCAGACUCAAGUUUUAUAAGAUUAACAAGAGUAGCCUCCAAACCCAGCCCACAGUCGUCAACCCAGUCAGACGGAGAUCGUCUACUAGAAUAUCUCUGCCAAAACCUCAGGCUUACAUGAUGCCCCCUCCACAAAUGCACUACAAUGGCCACUUCACAGAGCCUUACACUUCAUCACAAGACAACCUGUACAUGAACAGUCAGAACGGUUAUUACUACCACUCCCAGACCAGUCUGGACUGUCCCCCUCUGGAAUACGGCAGUGGCGGGCGAUUACGUAAUGGUAGCGUGUACAGCGCCCACAGCACCAGCUCUCUAACCAACCCCCAGCACUACCUGCAGCCCUCUCCCUUGUCCUCAAACCCCUCCAUCACUAGUGAUAUCACCAGGCCUGACUACGUCCCCUCCCAUCGCCACAGCGCCCUCAUCCCACCGUCCUACCGUGCCACUCCUGAUUACGAGACAGUGAUGCGCCAGAAAACCCGAGGAGCAGGAGGAGGCAUGGUUCUGUCUCAAGAACACCGGCAGAGCCACUCCAUGAGGAACCUUAACAUUGGAAACUCAUAUGCCUACAGCAGACCAGACCCUCUAGUGUAUAGCCAGCCAGAGAUCAGAGGGGAACAUGGUGGAGCAGCCCAGCAGUACCACUAUCCCUUCCAUCUGGGCUCCAGCUUCCAUAGCCCCUCUCCAUACCCAUAUCCCACAGAGAGGAGGCCUGUAGUUGGGGCAGUUAGUGUCCCAGAGCUCACUAAUGUCCAGUUACAGCAGGCCCAGGAGUAUCCAGCCCCUAACAUCAUGAGAACACACGUGUACCGACCGCCUCCCCCCUACCCAUAUGCCCACCCUCGGCCUGCAAACAGUACACCUGACCUGUCGCGUCACCUGUAUGUCAGCAGCAGCAACCCAGAUCUGAUCAUCACGAGGCGUGUGCACCACUCAGUCCAGACUUUCCAGGAAGACAGCCUGCCUGUUGCGCAUUCUUUACAAGAGGUGUCGGAGCCUCUCUUCAGCGGGCCCCCACACAGACACCCAUAUCAUGCUCAGAAGCGUAACUCCAUCGAGAUUGCUGGAUUGGCGCACAGUCUAGAGGGGAUGAGGGUCAAAGAACGGACUGUGUCUUCCUCAGCAGCUGAAACUGCCACGCCACCUCCUGUGUUGCGUGGCGGCCGCUCUCAGGGCUCUCAGCUCAACGUGUUUUUGGAGCGCACAAAGACAGAGGACAGAGGUGACAUUAAGGAGGAUGUUCACUAUGGACACAAAAAGUCCCUCUCGGAUGCCACCAUGCUGGUUCACAGCAGCGGCGAAGAAGAAGAGUUUGAGGAUGACAGCGGGCGUCACACUCCUCUUUCUCAGGAUGCAAUAGCAGCAGUGAUUGUUCCUGAGCAGCCAUCACAGCAACAUCACAGCUUGACAUCGCUGUCCUCUCUUACACCUCAACAGACUCCCAUUGAACCACCUCCUGCGUACCCUAUAGGCUCCUCUCUCGACCCAUCUAUAACCAGCUCCUUGACCUACAAGGUUCACCCCCUGAUCCAGGAGGGUGAGCCUCUUUUCCUGUUGUCAGAUUUACGACAGCCCAGGAUUAUGCCAUCAGUAUCUGAGGGAGACCUAAGUGGGCAGGCCAAGCAGAAGACGAAGAAAGACUUCAAGAAGAGGCCUGUGUCUGAUGUGCCCCCUGGGAAGAAAACAGUAGAAGGCUUACCCCCUCCGGGCAUGAAGAAAGGAGCUAGGUCAGAAGUGAAAAAGAUGGGCCCUCUGAAGGUAGCCCAUCUCAACGGCCUGUCGGUGUCCAGGCAGCCAAUGCACGACGAGAUCAAGGAUGAGCCUGAGAGAGCCUCUAAUGACGAGAGGUGUAAACUGCUGGAGCAGCAUAUGGAGCGGGGAGAGUUGUUAAAAGAGUUCGAGAGCAUCCCAAAGCGUCAUCCAUCAGGGGAGUGUACCAUCGCCCAGCUGCCAGAGAGCGGAGACAAAAACCGCUUCCAAGACGUCCUGCCUUAUGAUAGCACCCGAGUGGAGCUGGUACCCACUAAAGAGAACAAUACGGGAUACAUCAAUGCAUCACAUAUCAGAAUAACAGUAAGUGGACAGGAGUGGAGCUACAUUGCCACGCAGGGUCCCCUGACGAACACGUGUCAGGACUUUUGGCAGAUGGUGUGGGAGCAGGGUGUCUCCAUCAUCGCCAUGGUCACCGCUGAAGAGGAGAGCGGGCGAGAGAAGAGCUUCCGGUAUUGGCCCCGACUUGGCUCUCGACACAACACAGUGACGUACGGUCGCUUCAAGAUCACGACGCGGUUCCGCACAGAGUCCGGCUGCUUCGCCACUACAGGGCUGAAGAUCAAACACCUCCUGACAGGCCAAGAGAGAACCGUCUGGCACCUGCAGUACACAGACUGGCCCGACCACGGGUGUCCCGAUGACUUCAAAGGCUUCCUCACCUACCUGGAGGAAAUCCAGUCCGUGAGGAGACACACAAACAGCAACAGUGACCCAAAGAACACCAACCUACCUGUGCUUGUCCACUGUAGUGCUGGAGUGGGACGGACUGGAGUCGUCAUCCUGUCUGAGAUCAUGAUAGCCUGUCUAGAGCACAAUGAGGCGCUGGAUGUCCCAAAGAACCUGAUGAAGCUGCGUGCUCAGAGGAUGUUGAUGGUUCAGACCUUGGCUCAGUACACCUUCAUCUACAAGGUUCUCAUCCAGUACCUCCGCAACUCCAGGCUCAUAUGAGCUCGAGUAUCCUUCUGGUCCGACAUACAUAGGAUGGAGUUUGCUUCAGGUUUAUGCUCAACUGCACUGAGAUGAUGUAGCUGAAUAAACCUGUUCAAUGUAGCGGUCAGUAUUCAGUGGUCUAAAAUCAGGUGAAGCUGAAGGAAUGAGUGGACGUAGAAGAAAGAUGUGAAUCGACAUGAAGGAGCAUAAAGACUUGUGACCUGCCUCCAAACAGUAUUAUAUAUAUUAUUUCUCACAUACAUUAUCGCUUAAUAAAGCCCAGCACUUUUACAGUACUUUGCUGUACAUAUUAAACCAAUGUUAAGCUGCAGUAAAAAACAAUCUUUAUCAUAGAUGUGUAUCAAAAACAGCUGGCAAAGGUAUGAAAUAUGUUUCAGAUUGCUGUUUGGUGACUAUUGGUUCUGAUAAUUAAGGACUUUACUGUAGUAAUGAAGACAGUGAAAAAAUCUGAUCUCAUAUGAGGGUUUGAUUACAAAAGGAUUUUUUUUUUUUUUUUUUUACUUCAUGUGACCUCUGGUGAUACAGACAGGGUUUGUCCCUGUAUUUAACUUAAUAAGAAUAUAUAGAUCAACAUCGAGCAGAAUGAUGCCAAUGUAUACCCUGUGAUUACGUAGGAUUGUUCCAAACAACAAAGCAUGUGCUUAAGACAAAUGUACAUAUUCUCUCAGUGCACAAGCAAGAUUGCCCUUACAAAGAAAGGUUGACAGUGAUGGAUUGAACACUGGAUUGAUGGGGAGUAGAAAUGCCUUGUACAAGUUGCAGAAAGUAUAUAAUUAAUGAGAGAAGAAAAUCACUGAGUGGAAAAACUGGAAAAAAUAUUUUAUACUAAUUUUUCAUCCAUUUUUUUAUCAUAAGAACUCUAAGUGCUGUAUUUGAUAAGAUCAAUAUACCUUUAAGACGAAGUGCCUAAAUAUUUGCAUUGUAAAUUUUAAAGAGCUGUGUUAUUUUUGGAUUAUAUGAAGGAAAUGUUUUCUCAGUCAAUGUCGUUUAUUGCUUGUUUGACUGCAGUGAAAUGCUUUUUAUUAAUGGCAGUUGUUGCUCAGAAACAAAAGAAAAAGCAGUGAUCAUAGUAGUUCUGGAAUUUGGCUUGGAUCCCCUAAAUUGUGACAGUAUUCAGGUGUAUCUAAUAUCGCUGUGCAGCUCAGUAUUAGUGUGAAGCAGAGAGUUAUCUCUAGUUACAGCAUUCUGCUCAUCUUCAGUCCAGUCAGAGACAUUUCCUGCUGUUACAAAUGACCUCUUGACUGUGGAUGAGCACCAUCUGACCAGUAUGUGUCUGUUUACUGCUGCAGCUAUGAAUAGUAUUGACAGCUCAAUUAUGAAGUCCACCUGUACAGAAACAAAGUUUACAUGAAGUGAAGUAUCUUUGGAAUAUUUUGCGUAGGCGCCAACUUAAGUUAUAAUGUGGCCAAAUUGAAGAGAAUAUUUGUCUUACCAUUUUUUCUUAUUAGUGUCAGACACAUGGGUUCUGAUCUUAACUGGAGAAAAAUACAUUGAUGUAUUUUGACUGGAUCCUUUGAAGGCCCGUAUGAAUUUGCGACGUGUUUUUUUGGUUUUACCAUACUGAUUGAGUCUUAGUGUGGAGACUGAAAAGAGUGAUUUUUGUGGCCAAGGUGCGACUGUUUGUACAGGUAUGUUGUUCAUAAUGUACACAAUGUAAAAUUCUGCUUUUAUGAAUAUUGGUUAUUGUAAAGACUAUGUAUAAACUGUAUCUAUUGAACAACAAAUGGUAUGCCAUUGAAUAAAACAUGUAGAAAAUCUUUUCAGCCAAGAAUAAAUAUUUGGAAGUAAA